GGAAGGACCUUGGGCCCAGAACAAUCAGGAGCAUUGGCGGGAGAGAAAUAGUUUUCCAAGAAACAAUCGUCCCAGGGAUGACUAUAAACAAGGUAACUGGAAUAACAAUAAAAACAACUACCAAAAUACCAAUGCACCCUACGUCCCACCUCAUAAUCGCCAACCUCCGCAAGAAGAUUCCUUGGCAAGGAUGGAGAAGAUGAUGAUGGAGUACAUGCAGAAGAUGAACAAUCUAGCAGAUGAUAUGAAGGAACGUGACAAGACACGAGAUAGUCAACUCCAACAAGUGUUUAAACAACUUGGAGUUAGAGAACAGGGGAACCUCCCAGCUACCACUGAACCAAACCCACGGGAGCAACUUCGGGCAAUAACUUUGAGAAGUGGUAAAGAGCUUCAAGACCCAGAAGUCGAAGUCAAUAUAGAUGAAGUACCCGUGGAUACCCCUAUAGGAACAACCCCACAAAAGCAAAAUGAAUCCACGCCCCAAGGAGCAGGAAAGGAAGAAACCUCUUCUGGCCAAACCCUACCAACCAACCAAGCUCAGCUAAACACUAUCCCUUUUCCUACUAGGGUGAAAAAGAACAAAGAUGAAAAGGCUUUCCAAAAGUUUCUCGAUGUCAUUGGCCAAGUUGAGGUCAAAAUGCCUUUGGUAGAUGUGUUAACUGAAAUGCCCAAAUACGACCCAGCUGAGUUCUGCAACUCAGUAAAAGUCAUAAAAGAUAAAGGGUCUGUAGAAGAUCUGCUAAGCCUAGAAAUUGCUUUUCAAGAACCUAAGUGUGAGGAGGUGUGCGACAUCAAGACGCGAUCUGAAUCCACAAACGAAGCCACAUCCUUAGAAUUUAAACCCUUACCAGCACACCUCGAAUAUGCUUUCCUCGAUAGUGAGGCUGGUUCUACCGAGAGCAACGCCGCCUCCUCAUCUGCGCCCUCGACCUUAGGAGCAUCCUCGCAGGUCUCAUCUAGGAGAGCCACUCACCGCCGACCCACUCCUCAGGCCACCCCAGCUACGACCCAGGCAGAUCCGACCCCUGAAUGGGCCAGGAGGAUCGUGGAGCAGCAGGAUACCAUCCUGCAGAGGAUGUUCGAAAUCGGACAGCAGCAGGCAUCCCAGGCGGAGAACUUUGCUCAGCUUCGGAGGACAUUUACUAGCUUUUACUCGGAUGUGCACAUCGGGCUCACCCCACGUUCUCCUGAGGGCGACGAUCCAUCCGCCUCAGUUCCUCCCCCUUCGUGAUCUUCAUAUUAUUUUCUAUUGAGAACUUUUAUUUCUUUUCGUUUAUGAGCAGGAAUUAAUGAUCAACUGGACUUGUUGGAACUUCUUUGUAACGCCCCGAAACAUACCCUAGAAUUAUUAUUAAAUAAUUAUUCGAUUAAACAAAUUUGUUUUGAUUAU